AUGGAGGACGACAAAGCUGCCAAAAUACCAAAGAGAAACCCUUCUCAUGUGACAUUUGCUCCAAGUCUUUUGCCCGAAGGUAAUCAAUACUCACUAUCCGUUCCUCCCCGGGUGCCAUCCCACCCCCAAUCGUCCAAUCGCUUAUUUAUAUGCACCCGCAGUGACCUUCUAGUGCGACAUGAACGUCUAGUCCAUCCUGCCGAGACUGCAGCUGGUCGAGAAAAUCGUACCCACAACGGAAAUGAGAACAGUCAUCAUGAAAUUCCAAUUCAGUCGACGAUAAUUCAGCCCGUCCAUCACGAGUCGCGCAUGCUUGAGCUGGCCGAUGCCAUCCCCGUCCACACCCAAAUUGCACCUCCACCUCCCGAGGUACAGGUCCAGCCACCACCAAUAGUAGAGACUACACACUUCAACCCAUCUUGGGGCUACGACCUCAAUUUAUUGUCGCAUGCCGCAAGCCAUGUCGCUUUGGAGGGACAGCAGGAGAGUUUGGAAUCGAUUCGGAAAUCAUCGCAUUCGAUUGGCACACCAUCACAAUCCUUUCAAGCGACAGAGAGAGCCAUUACCGAUAACUAUGGCCUUGAGCCCUCGAUCCUGGAUUUGACAGACUUGGGUGACCCAGUUCAAGAUUUCACUGUCUUCUUGGAAAGUGUCGGCCUGUCAUCGGAUUGGGACUCUGGGGUAUUCUCGUCAGUGGAAGAGCCAAUGCUUCCACCGAGUAUGCCAAUGGAUUCGAAAAAUCAUGUUCGGGAGACACUCUCGUCAAACAGGCUAGGCGGGGAUCUUAUGAGUGACCCACGAAUGCACAUGGACGAACAGCCAUCUUUCUCUAACUUUGGCUCCCGAUUACCAUCGCUUCAGCCUGAAUCCCACGAGAUUGAAGACCGAAUUGGCCUCCAGGAUGAAAGUUCUCGACCGGCUUGGGAAAUCACCAAUACAGAUCGACAAGUUUUCGUGUCAAAACUUGAGGAAUUCUCGUUCGUCCUCCCGAAGGGCUUUGUUCCGCCCUCGCGCCACGCUUUAUCCCGGUUUUUUGCCGGAUAUAUCAAUGGCUUGAACGAGCAUUUGCCUUUUGUACAUGUCCCCACUCUAUCUAUCGCCAAGUGCUCGCCGGAACUCACGCUCGCGACGGCAGCCGCGGGGUCGCACUACCGAUUCGAGAAUGGCCGGGGAAUCGAACUGUUCCAUGCCGCUAAAGCCAUCUUGUUAGAGCGCCUGCGUCGAAGAGAUAGCCGACAAGUGCCUGUUCCCACGUGGAACUAUAUCUCUCCGCCUUCCGGCUAUCCCAAUUCCCGAGGGUCUUCGAUGAUCUCGAAUACAGCCAGCAGUCCCUUUCAAACUCAACACCACCUCCCGAACCAAUCUUUCAAUUCAUCAAUAUAUACUCCAGAUGAUUCGGAUGCUCAUAUGGAAGUGAUUAGAACUUUCUUAUUGUUAACUGUGUUCGCAUCUUGGGAAAAGCAGCCGGAACUUCUGCGAGAGAUCCUCUCACUCCAAAGCACAUUAGCAAGGCUUGUCCGCGAGCAUGGCCUGACGGAGCCACCACCUACCCUGGAUCCCAUUAGCUGGGAAGAAUGGGUGCGGAGGGAAGGAAAUAGGCGAACCAAACUCAUCGUUUAUUGUUUCUUCAACCUGCACUCUAUUAUGUAUAACAUCCCUCCGUUGAUUCUAAAUGGGGAGCUGAAGUUGAAUAUGCCCUGCUCCCAUGAUUUAUGGAAGGCAAGCAACGCGACUCAAUGGCGCCGAGUAUGCCGAACACGACAGAGCUCCGAUGUACCUUUCCAAGAUGCAUUUGCCCGGCUUUUCUUGCGAUCCUCCACCUCCAUUCCAUCCGCCCCGAUCUCCCCUCUUGGCAACUAUAUUCUCAUUCACGCUCUUAUACAACAAAUAUUCUUUGCCCGCCAACUAUGCCUAUCUGCUCCAAAUAUGCAAGGCACUAGCUUGAGACAAGAAGAUCUGAUCGUCCUGGACAAUUCUUUGGGCGCUUGGAAAGCGUUGUGGAAACGUACACCCGAGUCCAGCAUUGAUCCUCAGAACCCAGCUGGUCCUAUCGCAUUUACAUCCACGGCUCUCCUGGGUCUGGCCUAUAUUAGGUUACACGUUGACUUGGGUCCCUGUCGUCACCUAAUUACUCAGGAUCCAAUGCAGAUCGCUAUAGCCUUGAGCGAAUCACCGCCUAUUAUCCGCAGUCCGCGGCUGAUUAUGGCAUUGCUGCACUCCGCACACGCUCUCUCUAUCCCGGUCCGAUUGGGAAUCGAUUUUGUAGCAAGAACACACUCGUUCUUCUGGAGCAUUCAACACUCGCUUUGCAGUCUUGAAUGUGCCUUCCUUCUGAGUCGCUGGCUGCUCGCAAUCCCUGCGACACAGCCAGACCAGCGGCUAUCGGAACACGAGCGCAAGCUUCUUUCGUGGAUCAAAAGCAUGAUGGAUGAAACUGACAUGGCUGUUGAUCCGCCGGGGCCACCAGAUAUGGAAUUCAUGGCUAACCCGUACAAGGUGCGGCAGCUGAGCGUGGCUAUCGUUCGUGUCUGGGCCCGCACCUUCAAGGGCAAUACCAGCUGGGCCAUUGUUGAUCUCGUUGGUUCAAGCUUGGAUGCUUAUGCGGAUCUUCUAGAGAACUAA